CCAACCAGACUGCACAGGAAGUACAGCCUCACCAGAGCAGUGUUCGCUAUGUAGCUACUCGUUAGCACAUUGACGCCACAAAUCUAACAGAAUUAUCAUAAAAAAAAUAUUCUCAUCCUCUUUAAAGUAUAUGUACAUUCAUGCUUUUCCAGCAGAAUAGCUCGUUGGUGUGAAACAAUGUCGGAAAGAAAGCGAACAAGUGAACGGGACGACAGACGAGACCACAAGAAACACAAGACAUCCAAACAUGAUUUAGAAAAACUCAAGACACAUACGAAGAAACUCAACCAAGAGGUUCAACAACUAAAACAUGUCGAGACUUUCUAUGAGAAACCUCCACCAGGACUUAUAAAGGAGCAUGAAGAAAAACCAGAAGACUGUAUUCCAGCUGAACCAGGAAAUGAAGCAGCCAGGAGCUUCCUGGCAAAUGCCCCCACCAGGGGCCUUUGGAUGCCUCUGGGGAAGGAAGUGAAGGUGAUGCAGUGCUGGAGAUGUAAGCGGUACGGUCAUAGGACAGGAGACAGAGAGUGUCCUUUCUUCAUCAAAGGCAACCAGAAACUGGAGCAAUUCAGAGUGGCCCAUGAAGAUCCAAUGUAUGACAUAAUUCGGGAAAACAAAAGAAAUGAAAAAGAGACCAGGAUCCAGCAGCUGCAGCAGCUCCUACAAGACACCACCUCGUCCUCAGACGACUCAGACAGCUCUUCCUCCUCCUCAUCAUCACACCACCAUCGCAGCAAGAAGAGUAAAAAGAAGAAGGACAAGAAAAAGAAAGAGAAGAAGAAGAAAAAAAGGAAACAAAAACACAAGUCCUCAAAAACUAGUAACUGUUCAGAUUCUGAUUAAAACUUUGGAACAUGCUCAUACCUAAACUUAAUUCUUAUGUGCUUAAACAUAGAAAGACACUUAAAUAACAGCAAGUUAGAUCUUAGACUGUAGUGAAGUGUGUGCGUCAGUUAAAACAGUACUGUGGAGAUUCCCUUAAACUUUUUCCCACCAGGUUGAAACUAAGAACUGUAUAACCAAUGUGCAUGAUUUCUACCAUCCAUUUCAUUCUCCCCAGGGUGACUACUUGCAUUUAUAUCCUUUUUGUAAAAUCAUGCAGCACAAAGUCUGAUGCUAUGGCUGCUAAAGUAUGUGGUAUGUUUGUGCAUACCUGUGUAACAAAAAAGCAUUUACUGCACAGGCAAUGAGUCUAAAGUGAUGCAGAGCAAGCCUGCUGGUGGAAGAGAUAAUGUUCUUUCACAGGUUCUGCAUGCCAGCAAAUACAGUGUCAGAGAUUGUAUUUUCCCGCCAUAUUGUGUUAGCCUUGCUUUUGCACUGGAAUCUAAAAGUGAUUGUGUAUUUAAUGCACAGAUUUAGGAGGAAAAAAAAGAAACCUCAGUUAAAUCUUGGGUUGCAGUUGGAAUAUGUUUUCCACAUAAGCCAGAAUGUUUGAAUGCUUGUGACGGCGCAGAAAUGUUUGGAAUGAUUUGAGGUUGGAAUAUGCUUAUUUGCUCUGAAAAAGCCGCAGAAAUGGGAAAUGAAUGUACGUGAAUACAUUCAUGUAUUCUGAGAAUAAAAAUCUCUUUUCCUCUAA